UAUUUUUUUGCACUGUUUUUUGUUUGACCAGGAACGAAGUACGAAUGUGGUACGAAUAGUACGAAGCUGCUCCGCGAGUUGCUGGUUAACUAGCUGAGCACUGCACUGACUGCACUCGCAACAUGAACAGCGAGUUAACGCCCAAGGGUGUCAAAAGAGCCCUCGGACAUGAAGGCGACGUGCUUGAAGAGCCGACGAAACACCGGAUGGUUGCAGUGCCGCUAUCGUUUCGACUGAACCGCUCUUUCUUCGGCUUGUCCUGCGAACGGCUGGCGCGGGCCCUGCUGGGCAAAGUGCUGGCGCGACGACUGCCAGGCGACACCCUGUUGCGCUGCAGGAUCGUCGAGACCGAGUGCUACCCGGGCCGCGACGACCGGGCGUCUCACUCAUUCCAGGGCCGACGCACCGAGCGCAAUGAACCCAUGUUUAUGGAGGCCGGCACGGCCUACGUCUACAUCACGUACGGCAUGUACCACUGCUUUAACAUCUCGAGCGAGGGCGACGGCGCGGCCGUACUACUGCGGGCCGCAGUGCCCAUCGAGGGCCUCGAGAUCAUGCGGACGCUGCGAGGUGCCAGACGCAAGGACUGCGGUAGGGGCCUCAAGGAGCGCGAGCUGUGCAACGGGCCGGCCAAGCUGUGCCUGGCCAUGGCCAUCGACAAAGCGGCGCUGAACAAAGAGUUCCUGCCGGACAGCCAGACCCUAUGGCUCGAGCGGGACGGCGGUGACGUGGAGGCCCGCGACGUGGUCGUGGCAACGAGGAUCGGCAUCGACGGGGCGGGCAAAGAGUCCGCGGAUAAGCCACUUCGCUUCUACGUCCGCGGCUGUGCCUGCGUCAGUGUGCGCGACAAGAAGGCCGAGGCCUUGACCUUGCCGUCGUGACCCACGGUUUAGGCACACCAUCGGGCCAGGGUGCACUACGGGUUUUACUAGUCAAUCAGGGGGCACAGUUCGCAAGCACAAGAGCAACUGAAAGAAGUUUUCCUGUCUGCACUGUCACCGAGAUUUUCUCAAUGUCGCGCAAAAGCUCAACGGGGCCAUGCGCCCCAUGCAUUUACAUACCUUGUGCCUCAACUUAGCCUAUGGGGCAUCAGUGAAUCACUGAAAGAAAGGGGAAAAGGAAAGAGCUUAUAGGAAGGACACAUUGAUAUUUAUUGUACUUGGGAGAUAGCAAUGUAUGGCGUGCUAGUGUUGGGGUAAAGCUUGACGCCCAUGCAACCCAUGCACUCUUACAACAGUUUCACAUUUUGUUAUACGAAUUGUGCUAGAGUUAGUUGUUUAGCUUUCCAAAUGUGAAUGACUGAUCAAUUAUCAUCCCUUUUAGAUGGAGUGAUGAAAAACAGUACUUAAUCUUUCUUUUGGGGAACCUGUUCAGGACAAGCAUUGUCGUCUCCCUUACACAUGCUCUGGUCGCACUGCCAUUUGCUAGUGGCAGACGAAGAAACGUUGACUAACAAUGGUGAUAUGAUCUGGGUCUGUAAGCCUGCUUCGCUCUUUAGUCACAGUCAGAUCGACAUGUACAUCAGCCACCAGCGGUAAGGUAAAGGGUUCAUUUUGGAACUUGCUGCUGAAUAGAUUUUGCACCAAUUUGCAGUGUUAAGGUACACAAAGAACAAUCACUUGUGAAAACAAGGCUUCCAAAACACGAAAGCAACCCUUGGCAACGGAAUGGACCUAGAGAGUAAGCCUUCGAGCAAGUCAAGACUGGUUCUGUCAAGGGGAAAGGGUUGAGCAGGUUUCUCUAAAAGAACUUGCUAUUGACUAAAAUUUUUGUGAACUGUACUGUCCCUCACACAGGCGAUAGUGUACAGUACUAUCGCCGCUAAUGGCAUCAGUACGUGGCUAUCACAUCUUGCACACGAGUGUGAUCAAAUGAAAUGCUACAUGAAGCCACACGCUCAUGCAGGCAGCUUUGACUGGUGCCAUGCCAUAGUGAUGGUGCAGCGCAUUUAGAAAAAAUAUUUUAAACGCAUAGCCUUUAUAAGGCCCCACCUAGCACUUCCCGGUGGCCGUCUGUCCAAAGUAGCCUCGGUGAAGGAGCAGCGAGGCAAAAGCGAGGAGGCCAAUGUGGGCACUCGUAGGCAAUCUCAUCUAGAGUAACUAGAAGCAAAGCAUGCAGUUACUCUCAUCCCACCUUAACCUGAAUAUCUUUGUCAAGAUCCCAGUUCUUGGAUUUCCACCGAGAACGGUCGCUCAAUACAUCUGUUCGUGCAGCUACUUGUCUUUCCUCACAGCGGCCCUUGCGUGCGGGCCGUGUGCGCUGCUGCCCAAGAUCAUGCCACAAAGGAAGAGGCCCCUUACAGAGGAGGAAGAUUUGGCCUGUAAACACCGUCGUGGCAAACAAGUUUGUCGGCAACCUACUCGAGAAAUUAAGGUGCAACAUAACGACUGUUUAUGGAGCGAAACUGGCCGUCUUUAUAUAGUAUGCUCAAAAUAUUUCCCUUAUGUCCCUCUUUUACCACCCUAAUGGUGCCCCAAAAGGUUUGAGCACCUUUCAAAACAGUCUUUUUGCUGCUCUUUCUUUAAAUUCCUAGUUCGAGAGUGUUUUUGGUGUGAAGUUGCGAAUGCAUGGCAAGAGCGAGCGUGAACAUUUCUUCCAGCAAGGAAACCAUAUUCUUUUGACUCGAACUAAGUUAGGGUGACCUACAUCGAGUUCCCAAAACAUUGCCUUUGUGCCCACUGUGGCUUAUUCUUUUGCCCCAAGUUCGCACCAACAAGCUUCCCCCCUCCUCUUCCUGGUGGCACCCUUUGUUACCCCAAAGUUCACACCAGGAUAUCCUUGAACCAAGUCUCCAACAGGAGGCACCACUUCUUUGUAAAGCAGUGGCUUGGAUUUCACAAAAAUAUUGUGACAUAUAGCCUGAGAAUCGCAGAGAACCCGGAUACUUGCAGACACAAAAGCCUACCGUUUUUGUCUGUACGAGCAAAUAAAAGCAUGUAAAAGGCACGUUCAAAAGCCAUGUGCUCGCUCUGCACCCAUAUUUUUCGUAAGCACUCCAGACCAACUGCAGACGUUUGUGAGAGGGAGUAAUGGGGUAAUGACGACUCCAGC